AUGAGGUUGUUGUGUGUACAUCGAGUUCCCCUGGCCUUCCAACUCUACACUCGCUGGUGAAAUGGUAGGAUGGCGGAAGAUUUGAAGGGAAAAAUACAAACAGUCCUGGGGUGCAUGGACCCCUCUCAGCUGGGUCGAACUCUGACCCACGAGCACCUGUGGAUAGACGCUUCCCCCCUGGGUGUGCCGACAUGCCCCCCCUUCCUCCCCAACCUGAACAGUCUGCCCUUCAACAUGGACAACCUCGGGUUCAUCAGGCAGUUCCCCUACUCCCAUACUCCAAACCUAACCUUGCAUGGGGAGGAGCAGCAUGUGAUGGAAGAGCUGAAGUUCUACAGACAGCACGGCGGCUCCUCCAUGGUGGAAUGCACAACAGUUGGGAUCAGUAACAACAUCGGCAUGUUAAAAACUAUGGCUGAAAAAACUGGAGUCAACAUCAUUGCUGGCGCAGGUUACUAUGUAGACUCGUCCCUCCCGUCGGAGGUCCACAGUGCAACUCAGGAGCAGCUGGUUUCUACCAUGGUCCAAGACGUCACCCAGGGGCCUGCUGGGACUGGCAUCAGGUGCGGGGUAAUCGGCGAGAUCGGAACAUCCUGGCCAAUAACAGCAACAGAGAAGAAGGUUCUUGUUGCCACGGCAGCGGCUCAGACCCAGCUGGGCUGUCCCGUCAUCAUCCACCCCGGUCGGAACAGAGCGGCGCCGGCCGAGGUCAUCCGCAUCCUGGCAGAGGCCGGGGGGGACAUCGGCAGGACCGUCAUGUCUCAUCUGGAUAGAUCUAUCUACGACAAAGGCGAGCUGUCGGAGUUUGCUGCGCUCGGGUCGUACCUGGAGUGGGACCUGUUUGGGAUCGAGGUGUCGUAUUACCAGCAGGUGUCGGAUGUCGACAUGCCGAGCGACGCACAGCGGAUACAGAUGGUGAAACACGUGUUGGAGGAGGGAUAUGAGGACAGAGUGGUGAUCGCACAUGACAUUCACACAAAACACAGGCUGAUGCACUACGGUGGCCACGGUUACUCCCACAUCCUGCUGAAUGUGGUUCCCAUGAUGCUGGCCAGGGGAGUCUCUCAGGAACAGACAAAUAUCAUGAACGGGAGCAACACAGACACCGACCCAGAUAACCUGUACGGUAACCCUUACGACCACCUGUACGCGUACGAUUACGGCGAUCUUUUCGACGACUUCUACUCUACACUCGGACAGGAAGAAGACGGGACAGACACACAGCCCCAGGACCGGCCUGCCUCUCUGUCCUUCCGCGCGGCCCUCGGCGUCGUCUACGUUCUCAUUAUCGUGAUCUGCGGCGUCGGAAAUCUGGUCUUCCUGGUCGUCAUAGGGCGGUACAAGAAAGCGCGGACCAAGACGAACCUCCUGAUCGCGAACCUCGCGUUCUCCGACUUUGUGGUGGCGGUCCUGUGCGUGCCGUUCAGUCUGGAUUACUACGUGAUACACGACCGAGCGUGGCGCUACGGGGGCGAGAUGUGCGCCGUGGUCAACUACGUCAAGACGGUGUCUCUUCACGUGUCCACCAACGCGCUCGUCGUUAUUGGUGUAGACAGGUACAUAACCAUAGUCCGUCCCCGUUGGCGGCGGGUGGGGAAGACGGGCGCCAUGUUGGUGUCCGCCGGUGUGUGGCUCCUCUCCAUCCUCAUCGCCGUUCCCUCAGCAAAGUUCUCCCUCGUGCGGCCGAACCUGCGCCGCCACCACCAGGGCUACUCCUUCUGCGGAGUCGUGUGGAACGCCCGGCACCUCACCGUCUACAAGGGGUACUACGGCAGUAUGUUGGCGUUCCAGUUCGUGCUGCCGGUGGUGGUCAUGGCGGUCUGUUCCUUACCCGUCAUCUGGAAAGUCUUUCACAGGGAACUGCCGGGAAUUCUUACAGACGCUAUAAGGGAGAAGGUGCAGAGGUCCAAGAGGAAAACGCUCCGCCUGGUUCUGAUCCUCGCUCUGUUCGUGCUGUGCUGGGCGCCGUAUUACGUCUACGCCGCUCUGAGGGACUUUCACCACGUCCUGACCCUCACCGACCUCAACACCAACAUUUUUUACGCCGUGGAGGCUGCCGCCAUGGGCAACAGUGUGAUAAACACCUGCGUGUACGUGGCGUUUAACAAGAACGUCACCAACUUCGUGAGAAUGCUCGCCAAGGACUGCCGCGGUCUGCACCAGACUACAGAGUCCAACACACAACAGAUAAUGCUCCCUUCUGAUGGAGAAGAAGAAGAAUAUGAUAAUAUAACGUUACUGAGUUACAUAGGAAGAAGUGAGAGCUUCAGACAGAUCUUUGAUCGGUGUCAAGAGACUACUCUGUAA